AUGGAAUACAAACAUUUUAAAAAUAAUAAAAUAUUAAAUGAAAACAUAAAUGAGAAGACAGAGAAGAAUAGACAAAGAAAUACAUUGAGUCAUAUAAAUUUUAUUCAAAUUGAUGAUGACGAUGAUGAUAAUAAUAAUGAAGAACCUAAAGAUAUAAAUAUAAAUAAAACUAAUUAUAAUAAUAACAAUAUCUUUAUGAAAACGUGUAAUGAGAAUAGAAGGAAUACAACAUUUUAUAGACAUAAUGUAAUAAAUGAAGAACAAAAAAAUUUUGAAUAUUUAUUAUCAAGAAAAAAAAAAAAUGUAGAUUCUAUAGAUAAUGUAAAUUUUUCUGAUUUUAUGAAAAAUGAUUUUUUUAAUAUGUUUAAUAAUAAUAUAAUAAGUGAAAAUAAAAAAACAAACAAAACUAUCAAUCAAAUAAAUAAUAAUAUUGAUACUUCAAAGAAUGUUAUUUAUAAUAUAAAUUAUGAUGAAGAUAAAGGAGAAGUAAUUAAUUUAUCAUUUGAUAAAAAAAGUAAAAAAAAAAAAACAUAUCCAGAGGUGGAUAUUCAUAUGUAUAAUAAAAAAAAAAUGAAUCCACCUUAUCAUAAUAUUAAUGAACAAAAUAUAUAUCAAACAAGUGAUGAUAAUACUUAUCAUAAUGUAUAUUCUGAUAAUUGUCUCAUAAAUUCUAAUUAUACAAGUUUAUUAAAAAAUAAACCCUUGAAAUAUAAAAAAGGUUAUAAACAAAAUAGACAAGAUGAGAGCACAGGAGGAGAGUUUGAUUAUAACCUUGAACAAUCUUUGUAUGAUGAUUGUGAUAAACUAUAUAAGACGUCUUUUCUAAAAAAUAAUAAAAAUAUAAUUAAUAAAGGAAACGAAGAACAGAAACAAGAUAUAUAUAAUAAUAUAUCAGAUAUUUGUAAGAGUUAUAUUAAAAAUUUUGAUUAUCUGAAUAAAAGAAUUUUUCAUAACAAAUCUAAAAUAUGGAAAUUAUCAAAUAAAAAGGUAACUAUACAUGGAGAUUCAAAAAAAGGAAUAGAAAAAAACAAUCAAGAUAUAGAAGAACAACAAAGACAACACGAUGGUGAAAAGGAAGAAGAUAAUUAUAACGAUUAUUAUGAUGAUGAUGAUGAAGAUGAUAAUUAUCAUAUAUAUGAUAAUUAUGAUGACUAUCUUGAAAAUGAUGAUUAUGAUAAUCAUAAUUAUUUUUAUCACAAAAAUCAUCAUAUAAAUAAGAUAGAAAAAGUUCAAAAUAAAAAUUCUUCUAGUGAUUUAAUAAAUUCUACAUCUAUUAAUAAUACAAAUAUGGAAUGUCAUAAUAAAAAGGAUGAUAAUUUAAAAAAUAUGGAUUCCUUUUUAUUAUAUAUGAAAGAAAAGAAAAUAAAAAAAAAAAAAAAUUUAAAUGAUAAUAUGGAAAACGAAUUAAGUGAUACAUUAUUAUAUCAUUCAAAAAAAUACUACAAAGAUGUGUGUGAUACCCAUUGUGAUGAUAUCAAUUUUUCUUUUGAUGAAGAUUAUAAUAUGUUACCAAAAAAAGAUAUAUACAGUGAUAAUAGAACAAAAAAUUUGGAUAAGUUUCCAAAUAAUAGUUCACAUAAUUAUAUUAAUAAUAUUUCAUCUGAAAUUAUAAAAUAUUGUAAAGACAAUAAUAUUACAUUAAAGAGUGAUAUAAAAAAUGUUAUAAAUCAUUUCAACAAAAAAUAUGCAAAUGGUACUAUUACCAAUAAUAAUAUUAAUAAUAUAUUUGAAAGUAUGAAUCUUCAAAGGAAUAAUGUAGAUCAUAUAUAUGAUUGUUCUAUAAAUAAUCCAACAAAUAGUAAAAAUGUUAGUAAUAAUAAUAUAAUACAUAUUACAAAUGAGAAUAUACAAAAUAAUAAAAAUAAACAAUAUGUAAACAGUAUUGUAAAUAUAUUUUCAAAAAGAAAAAAUGCUAAUGAAAAAAAAGAAAACUUAAAUGAAAAAAAUUAUAUUUCCUUCAAUUCAAAUUAUAAGGAUAAUAUAAAUUUAAGAAAUAAUAAAAUUUAUGAACUAAACAAUAAUGAUUUCUCUACAAAUGAUUAUGUUAAUGAUAUAAAUAUAGAUAUAAAUAUAAAUAAACAAAUUAGUAAUAAUUUAAAAAAAAAUGAUAAUAUGUUGAUAUAUAAUAGAAAAUGUAAUAUGGAUUUAACAAAUGAAUCAAUUAAUAUGGAAUAUAAUUUAAAAAAAAAUAAUUCCAUUUCUGAUUUGGAAUAUAAACAAAAUAAUAAUGAUAAUUAUAAAAAUAAAGAUAUAUGUGAUGAUAUAUCAGAAAUUUAUAUGAAUGGAUAUUAUGAUGAUGUCAUAAAAUGUUAUAUGGAUUACACCUUACAAGGUAUGAAUGAUGAAACACAUUUUUAUUUAUGUGAAUUCUGUAAACAAAAUAUUUUUGAUAUGAAUAAUAUGAUAAAAAAUGAUAAAGCAAAGGAAUGUAUGUAUAAUUGUAAUAUAUCAUGUGGUAGAACAUUUCAUAAAACAUGUGUAUCUUAUAUAAACAAAAAUGAUAAUUAUAUAUGUUUUUUUUGUAUAUAUGAUAUUAAUUUUUGUACCUUAUGUAAAGAAGUUGUAACAAAUGAUUCUUUGUUACCAUGCUACUAUCCAUUGUGUAGUGUUUCUAUGCACAUAAAAUGUGUUGAGAAAUUAAUAUUCUUUAAUUCAGAGUGUUUAAAACAAUAUGUAAGCAUAAAAUUAUCACCACAUAUAAAUAUUGAACAAGAGAAAACACAAAAAUAUGCUUCCUGUGGUGUUAUAGAACAACCACUUCAUAUGAAAAAAAAAAUUAAAAGACGACAUAGUUACAGAAAAAGGAGAAGAAGAGGUACAAGAAAAAGUCAAAUAACAACAUCGAAUAAAAAAAUAAAUAAAAAGGAGUUAACUAGUGGUGAUAUUAUAGAUACUGAAAUUAUGGAACAGAAAAAUGAUAAGGAUGAUAAUAAAGAUAAUAUUACCCAUAAUAAUGAUAAUAAUAAUGAUAAUAAUAAUAAUGAUAAUAAUAAUAAUAAUAAUGAUGAUAAAAAUUUAAAAAAUUAUUUAUUAAAAAAUGAUCUUCUUACAAAUGAACUUGACCAUAAUAAUUAUCAUCAAAUAUUAGAAAGUAAUAAAGAAAUCAAAGUCGAAAAUACUGUUAACAUGUUGGAAGAUCCUAUUAAUAAUAAGUUAUUUGAUAAAAAAGAAGAAACCUUAAAAAAUGAAGAUGAUGAAAAUAUUAUGGUACUUAAAAAAUUUAUAUGUCCUUUACAUAUAUGUUAUGUGUGUAAAGAAUUUGACAUAAAUAAUAUAGAAAGCUCGAAAAAAGAAAUAAACAAUGACUUAUUUAGAUGUAUUAAAUGCUUUAAAUCUGUUCAUCGUAAGUGUAUGAAUCAAAUUAAUAAUAAUAAUAAUGAAAAUAUUAAUGGUAAUAAUAAUAUUUAUAUAAUAUCUCAUAAACAUAAAAUUAUGUGUUGCUCAAAUCAUAUGGAUGAUUAUAAAAAUGAACACAUGGAAUAUUUAACAUACAUUAAAGAGAUUAACCAUAUAUGUGAAUUAGUUGAACCAGUUCAUAAUAAUAAUAGUAAUAAAUUAUUGAGUAAUAAAGGUUUAUAUGAUAAUGAAAAUAAUAUAUGCAUAUCCAAAAUUCAUAAUAAUAGUUCAAAUGAAUUAUUUAAAACCAAACAAAAUUAUAUAAAGGCAAAAGGAUUUAAUUGUUUAAAUUAUGAUCAUAAUGGUAUGAACAAUAUGAAUAAUAUGAAUAUAACAAAUAAAAUGAAUAUUUUAAAUUUAAAAAGUUGUAUGGUUAAUGAUAUUAAUACAACUGAAGGAAAGAAAAAGAAAAGUUGUGAAAGCAGAGGAAAUAAUAGUAUUAAUAAAAAAGUCGUAUUUGAUUUAACCGAAGAAUUAAAUGAAAAAUUAACAACAUUUGAUAAUAUACAAAAUAAAAUAAUAUAUGUAGAUAAUAAAAUUGAGAUGAAUGAUAAUAUAUGUCAGAAGGAAGAUGGGAGUCUCAAUUUGGGUUGUAUGAAUAUAUCAAGUGCUGGUAAAAAUAAUAUGAGACCAAAUAAUCCCAAUAAUAAUAAUAAUAAUAAUGAUGAUGGUGGUGAAAAUAUAAUAUCUGUUGAAGAAGAAUAUAAUUUAAAAAACAGAAAUGUGAAUAAAACUAACAAUACCUUGUUAGAUCAUAAUAAUAAUAUAAAAAAAAACAAUACCCUUACUAUAAAAGAAUAUACAGAUAGUUCUAUAAAUAUUGAUGAGUUUAUUAAUAAGAACCAAAAUGAAAAGAAUAUGUCAUUAGAUUCUAAUGAUGCUUUAAAUUUAAAAAGAAAAAGAAACGUUUCACAUUCUUAUAAUGAUAUAUUAGAUGAUACAAAUAUAUUAAAAGAUAUUUCAACUAAUAAAUCAUAUUGUGUUAAUGUAUCUAAAAAGAAACAAAAUGUUUCAUUUAAUAAUAAGGAGGAAAUGAUGAGAGCAAAUGAACUAUAUGUAUUAAAUGAUAACAAUAUAGAAAGUAACGAAAAAAAUACAAAAAAUAAACUAAACAAUAAUAUUUAUAAUAAUAAUAAAAGUAAAAAUAUAAAAUAUAAUAAUAGUGUUGAUAGAAAAAAUGAUAAGAAUAAACAAAUUAAUGAUACCAUUAAUAAAGAUCUUGAAAACAUAAAUCAUAAUAUAAACAAUCAACAAGUGGUUCAUAAUUUUGUGGAUGACAAUAUGAAAUCCAAGCUACACAUGAUUCAAAUUAAAUUGAAACAUAUUUUGAGCAUAGAAAAAGGAUUAUUGUCAUUAAAAGAAAUUAAUAUUGAUCAAAUGAAUGAUGAAUGUAAAAAGCAUAUAAGUAUAUUGUGUACCUUUAGACAGGAUUUUAUUAAUUAUGUAAUCUUUUUAUUUAGUAAGAGGUCAGAUCAAAAAACGAGUAAUGAACCAAUAAACCAAGUUGAUGAUAAAAAGGAAGGAAAUAUAUAUCAUGUACAAGAAAAACAAGAAAACAUAAACAAUAACAACGAAAAUGAAGAAGAUAAAAGUAAAGUGGAUAGUAUAAAUAAAGAAGAUCAAAAUAAAGUGGAUACUUUAAAUAAUGUAGAUCAAAAUAAAGUGGAUAGUUUAAUUAAUGUAGAUCAAAAUAAAGUGGAUAGUUUAAUUAAUGUAGAUCAAAAUAAAGUGGACAGUUUAAAUAAUGUAGAUCAAAAUAAACAAGAUAGUUUAAAUAAUGUAGAUCAAAAUAAACAAGAUAGUUUAAAUAAUGUAGAUCAAAAUAAACAAGAUAGUUUAAAUAAUGUAGAUCAAAAUAAACAAGAUAGCUUAAAUAAUGGUCAUGAUAUGAAUCAAGAAGAAUUACAUGAAACGUGCAAAAAAAAUAUGAUUUAUAAUUUCUUAACAAAUUAUGAUAUGAAAGAAAAAAAAUAUAUCAACAAAAAAGACGAAGAUGCUAUAAUAAAUGUAUUGUCAAAGAAUGUUGUAAAUAUAAUGCAAAAUGAAUUAAAAAUUUCAUUAAACGAUUUUAUUAUGUUAAAAAAGAAAACUGUGUCUACAAAUGAAAAUAAGGAUAAUGAAAAUGUAAUUCAAGAUGAAGUUGGAAAAUUUCAUUGUAAUGAUAUAAAUAAAAUGAAAGAUAAUGUAAAUAAUGAUAUUAUUUCAAAUGAUAAAUAUAAUAAUUAUUAUGAUGAUGUUUUAAAUGGAAAAAAAAACCAAUCGAUUCUUGAUGUUUCUCAUACGAAUGUGACAAGAAAUAGAAGUAUUAUUAAUAAUGAUAUAUGUAAUAAUAAUAGUAAUAUGCAAAUUAUUGAAAAGGAAAAAGUUAUGAACAGUAAUAAUACAAAUUAUUAUGAUGAGGAAAAAAGAGAAGAAUAUAGUGGUUUAUUUUUUAAAGGCAAAAAAAAAAGUUUUAAAAAUAAUAAAAUGGAUUUGAAAACAUUUUGUUCAUUGACAAAUAAUGGUUAUAAAAUAGAUUUAUCUGUAUUAAAAAAGUAUAGUUCUUUUUUAAAUUUUGAGUAUAUAUCAAAAAAUACAUAUUUGAGUGAUAAAAAUAAAAAUUUACUUGCAUGCAAGUCAGAUGAUUAUAAAUGUUUAUGUCAAGGGGAAUGCAACUUAUAUACAUGUUAUAAUUCUUUGAGUAACAUUCAAUGUUCAAAAAGUAAAUGCAAUUUGCCAGAAAAAAUUCAGGAUAGAAAAUGUUUCAAUCGUCCAUUUAGAAAAUCUCUCGUGAAAAACUUAGAGAUAAAAAAAACUGAAAAAACUGGAUAUGGUGUGUUUUGCAAGAGGGACAUAAAAAAUGGAGAACUCAUAUGUGAAUACGUUGGAGAAGUGUUAGGAAAAGAAGAGUUUGAAAAAAGACUAAAAGUAUAUGAAGAAGAAAGUAAGAAGACUGAUAUGUAUAAUUGGUAUACAAUACAAAUAAAUAAAGAUGUAUAUAUUGAUAGUGCAAAGAAGGGAAGUAUCUCAAGAUUUAUUAAUCAUUCUUGUUCACCUAACAGUGUAUCACAAAAGUGGAUAGUUCGAGGAUUUUAUAGAAUUGGAAUAUUUGCAUUGAGAGAUAUUCCAUCUGGAGAAGAAAUAACUUAUAAUUAUAGUUAUAAUUUCCUAUUUAAUAACUUUGAAUGUUUAUGUAAGUCUCCCAAUUGUAUGAACUACCAUAUGUUGAGAAAAGGAGAAAAUGCAGGAGCUAGCCAUAUAAUAAAAGAAAACGAAUUAUUAAAUAAGAAGAUAUUUAAUCCAGUAGAAAAUUUCCAUAAUUUACAUGGGAAAAUGCAAGAUUGGAAUAUAUUUAUAGAAGAAGCACAUACAAGAUUAUUAUAUGAAUAUAAUAAAAUGAAUGCAUUUAAUUUAAGGUUGAUGGAAUGUUAUUCAACUUGGAUAUUUUAUGAUAUGAAUUUUCGGAAGAAUCAAUUUUUUGCUCUUAAAUCUAAGCCAUUCAAUGUUUCAGCUGAAUUUUGGAAAAUUCUUGUUUCAGCUUUUUCGGAUGGAGAAAAAAAUAUUAUAAAUACAUUUAAUUUGUUUUUACCUUCAUUAAUAAAAAUUGGCCAAUUAAGAAGAAUACAACAGUAUAGCUACAUCCUACAUAAUAUUAUUGGCUUGGAGCAUGAUAUGUGGAAUUUAAUUGACAAAGGGUUUGCAGAUGAUGAGGUAUGCAGAAAAUGUAAAAGCUGUGGAAACCUGACCAUGUGUGAUAAAUGUUUUCAAAGUUAUCAUCAGUUAUGUGGCAAUAUGCAUUCAAAGGUAUAUAAGAAUAAUGAAUUAGUUCUUUGUCGCUUUUGUCAGAAGUAUGAUUAUAAAAUGCAAUGGAUAAAAGAAAACCAUGGAUCAAAAAUGAAGACAUGCAUAGAAAUUAGGAGUAAAGCAUUCUAUAAAUUGAAUCGAGAUAUAAUGACAUUAUUAGAAGACUCAGUAAAAUAUACAAAAAAUCAAUCCUUAGAUUCAAUCCAUGCGCAUAACAUAAAAGCAUUUAAGAGCAAAAAAUUAAAAUUGAGAAAGUUCCAGUAUAAGUAUGUAAAAAUAUGA